ACAUUUCGUUUGACCUUGCCAACGUUUGAAAAAUUACAUUUAGCAGUGGUUUUAAGCCCUGGCAUUUUUCCAUCAAGUUAAGCAAGAAGUGGAGUGUAUUCGUAUAUAAAGAAUUACAGAUGAAGACUUUGUUAAUAAUAAUUAUUUUCGAGAUAUACAUUAUAUUGCAAUCUGUCAAAACAAGCAAUAAUUCUCCAAUAUGUGGUAAAUUCAGAGGAACAACAGUAAAAGUAUUAAACACAAUUGUUUACGCAUUUUUUGGCAUUCCUUAUGCAGCACCUCCAGUUAAUGAGCUAAGAUUUCGUAAACCUCAACCUGCUCGAUACAAUUCGACUAUCAUAUAUAAUGCAACAAAAAGAUCGCCUUCGUGCAUGCAAGAUCCGCCUUACCCUAUAUUAGAAUGGAUCGAUCGUAAUCCUAAAAGUCUUAGCGAAGAUUGUCUCUAUCUUAAUAUUUGGGUACCUACUUCGAAGCCAGAUGGAAAUCCAUUUGCUACCAUGGUUUGGAUACAUGGCGGAUCAUUUCACACGGGUUCUUCUAACAUGAACGUUUUUGAUGGCUCCGCUUUAGCCGCUGUGGGUAAUGUGAUUGUAGUUACAUUCAAUUAUCGUCUAGCUGCAUUAAGUUUCGCAAGUUUUAAUGACGAAGACGAACGAGGAAAUAUGGGCAUGUUAGAUCAAGUAAUGGCUCUCAAAUGGGUGCAUCGAAAUAUUGAAACUUUCGGAGGUGACAAAAAUUUGAUAACUGUUUUCGGCCAGAGUUCGGGAGCGAUCUCCAUCGCUCAUCACAUGGUCUCGCCUAUGAUCAAAGGCUUAUUCAAAAGAGUAAUUCUGCAAAGUGGAAGCAAUUAUCUGGAAUAUUUUGCUGUGAAUACUACAUUCAACAGAGAAAAUACAGUUAUGCUUUCACAGGAAGUCGGCUGCAACGUAUCUGAUAUGUUAACAUGUAUGAGAGAAAAGAAUGCAUAUGAAAUUGUUGCAGCUGAAAAGCGAUUGAUUAAACAACAACAAAUAUUACUAUAUUAUCAUCCACAAGUCGGUCCUCCAUUUCUAUCUGACGAUCCAUUUUACGAUAUUGACGCUGGUAAAUUUCAUGAUGUAGAUGUUUUGAUGGGUGAAGUAAUGAAUGAAGGUUCUGUCUUUCUUUACUUUCUGAGACCCCUUCUAGCAGCAGAAAACCACCCAACUUUUACAAAAAACGACAGCAAAUAUAUUAUGAGUAAAGUUUUAAAAUUAACUGGACAAUAUCUAGAUGGUUGUGUAGAGGAAUAUUUAGGAAAUAUAUCAAGCAAUGACUAUUCAAAAAUUUUAAAACAAACAUGUAGGGCUGUCGCGAAUGGAGCAUUCAAUUGUCCCAUAGCUCAUCUUGCUGAUAGACUUUCUCAGUAUGAUCGCGCAGUAUAUCGUUACAAAUUUAAUCACACUCGAGUUAAAUCUAAAAUCAGAAAAUGGAUGGGAGUACCACAUUUUGAAGAAACAUAUUUCGUGUUUGGUAGGCCAUUAUUGAAGAAGCGUUCUUACAGUAAAGAAGAAAUUGCAUUUAGCAAGAAAAUUAUGCAACUGUGGACUACUUUUGCUAAAAAAGGCAAACCUUCGUACGAAGGAAUGGAAAACGAAUGGAAAUUAUUUAAUAAAGAAGAACGUAACUCACUUUCUCUCACUCUGGGUAACAUCCAUCUUGAGAAAGCUGAAACAGAUGAAAAGUGCGAAUAUUGGAAGAAUUUUCUGAAGGAAUAUACCAGUAAAAUGUAUCUAUAUUGAUAAUGUCUACUUACUUUGUAUAAGUGUUAUGAGUUUUCCAGAAAAUAUGAAUUAAGAAUUACUUUGCCUUAUGUUUUAAAUGUAGAUUUAGUAACAUUCAUUAACUGUACGUGAAUAUAUAGCUAAUUAUAUACAAUACCAAAAUAUAGAAUAAAUUACAUAUUUCUUUGCUACUGUUUAUUGUUAAAGGUUUUAAAAUUAUUUUUUGCCUGUAUAUAAUACGUAUAUAAACCAUUUUAUAAUUCACAUAAAAUAACUUUAAGUUAGGUUAUGUGAAGUAUAUGUUUCGGUAAUUACUAAUUAAUUCUUAAUAAGGUUUGGUUAUAGUU